AUGGAUGUUGGUUUCUCUGGCUACCCUUUUACUUGGACGAAUGGGAGACGGGGACUGGACAAUAUUCAGUGUAGAUUGGAUAGAGUCCUUGCUAACAAUGCUUUCAUGGAGUCUUUCCCUCUUUCUAAGGUAUUUCACCUUCCCAGAUUUGGUUCCGACCAUGCUGUCCUAAGGAUUGUAAUAGAGAGGGAGAGUUUCCCGGAACGGAAGAGGCACCUUUUUAGAUUCGAAGAUGUGUGGUUUAAAGAACCAAAUUGCGAGAGGUUGGUAAGGCAAUUGUGGUCUGAGACCUCUGGAUUCAUUUCUGAUAAAACUAAAUCUGUCCAAGCCCUCCAGGAUGUCUUCAAACACUUGAGUACGGGGAACUUAGGAAAAGAACUUAAACGCAUUGAAGUUUUGCUCCAAGAUGAAAGAAGGUGGUCUGAAGAUCCAAGAGAGAUGGAGAAUUACAAAGCCCUUGAAGCUCAAAGAAACAAGCUUCUGUUUUUGGAGGAGACCAUGUGGAGGCAACGGAGUCGUGCGGUGUGGCUCAAAGGGGUAGAUAGAAACACAAAGUUCUUUCAUUACAAGGCUAGUCAAAGGAGGCAAACUAAUAGGAUUAAGAAACUCAUGGAUGCUAGAGAAGUUAAGGCAGCUGUUUUUCAGAUGCAUCCUAACAAAGCCCAUGGUCCCGACGGGUUACCGGCUGUCUUCUUCCAAAGAUUUUGGAAUAUUGUUGGAGGUGAGGUCACUAAUUCUGCCUUGAGUAUUCUUAACAACGGUCAAGACACGACUUUGAUCAAUUCGACCUUCAUCGCUCUUAUUCCGAAGAUUAAACAUCCUAGACUCCCUCAAGACUUCCGCCCUAUCAGUCUCUGCAAUGUCGUGAUGAAAGUGGUUACAAAGGUCAUCGCUAACCGUAUUAAGGAGCUUCUGCCUGAAAUCAUUAGUGAGGAGCAAAGUGCCUUCGUCAAAGGCCGGCUGAUUACAAAUAACGCUCUUAUUGCCAUGGACUGCUUCCAUUGGAUGAAGAACAAAAAAGUUGGGAAGAAAGGAGUUAUGGCUUUGAAGCUGGAUAUGUCCAAGGCAUAUGAUCGCAUUGAAUGGGAUUUCGUGGUUGGGACCCUUGAAGCUUUUAACUUCCCUACGGGUAUGAUUCAUAAAGCUGCUGCCUCAAAGGACCUCCAUGGAAUUCAGGUUGCAAGGAAAGCUCCGGUUAUUUCUCACCUGUUUUUUGCGGAUGAUAGCCUUCUUUUUUUACGGGCUAAUGAGGAGGAAGCGGACAUAAUACUCCAACUUCUCCAGACUUAUCAACAAGCUUCAGGGCAGGUGGUCAAUAUUGAGAAGUAUGAAGUCUCGUUCAGUAGCAACGUCAGUGAAGCUUCUAGGGAGAAAGUUGUUUUCUCUUUGGUUGUGGAGAAAGUGUGGAAAAAAGUCAAGGGGUGGAAGGAAGGCUUUUUGUCCAAGGCAGGGAAGGAAGUCCUUAUUAAGGCUGUGGCACAAGCGAUUCCGACCUUCAUUAUGAGUUGUUAUAAACUUCCAGAUUGUGUCUGUGAUGAGAUUGAGUCAAUUUUAUCCAGGUUUUGGUGGGGGUCAAAAGAAGGUGAGAGGAAAAUUCACUGGAUGAGUUGGGACAAAUUGGAUCGUUCAAAGAGCGACGGUGGAAUGGGCUUCCUUGGUUUCAGGGAUUUCAAUACCAGUCUCCUGAGUAAGCAAUUUUGGAGACUUUGGCAAGGAGAGGGAUCUCUAUUGGAGCGGUUUUUCAAGGGGAGAUACUAUCCUAGGAGCUCUAUUGCGGAGGCGGGUUUGGGUUACAAACCAAGCUACGCCUGGAGGAGUAUUUAUAGUUCUAGAGAUGCUGUUUUGAGGGGUUCCAUAUGGCGUAUUGGGAACGGUGAGCGGGUGAAGAUAUGGACUAAUAACUGGAUUCCUUCUCUUCCGGGUUUCAAACCCCUAAGUCCUUUGGUUCCUCAAAACACUGAUGUGUUGGUCAGUUCUCUAAUUGAUAGUGACCUGUGCUGUUGGAAGAUGGACUCCUUGAGGGAGUUGUUUGGUGACAGUGACGUUGCUCACAUAGCUUCUAUUCCCAUUUCUAAGGUGGUGCUGGAAGAUAAGUUGGUGUGGAACGCCGAGAAGCACGGAGAUUCCUCUGUCAAGACUUCGUAUCACCUUCUAGGAAAUGCUCGACGGAGCAGCAUCCCUGGCCCUUCGGUUAGUGAUGAAGAAGGCUUUUGGAAAUUGUUAUGGGGAGCACCUAUUGAGAAUAAAAUAAAAGAAUUUUUGUGGAGGAGCAAGGAUAUCAAGCUUUGCCAAGUGAUUAGUAUUGGGCUUUGGAAGGAUUGGCCAUGUCAUAUGCUUAUUGCCAAAGAUGUGUGGCUUUCUUCAACUGAGUUUGAUAGCUGCAAGACAGCUUCUGUGGAUCGUUUAUUGCCGGCGCAGGUUGAGCAUAUGUAUGGUAAUUCAUGGAUUAUCCAAUCAGAUGCAGGUUGCUUUAAGGGAGGGAUAGUUUCUCUUGGUUGUGUCAUCAAGUCUGCCAAGAAUGGAAUUUUGCUUUCUGCUACCCAGAGGCUUACCAAUUUUAUCAACCCCGGAUCGGCUGAAGCUCUUGGGAUUCGGUGGGGAAUGCAGCUAGCUAAGGUUUUCAAACUUGACGAUGUGGUUUUCCAGUCGGAUGCGCUUGGAGUGGUUGAUUGUGUUAAUGGAGUGUGUUCUAUGCCGGAUCUUGAUCCUAUUGUCUCGGAAUGUAUUUUGCUGCGUAACAACUUUAAGUCUUCUACUGUCAUGUUCGUAGGUAGGGAGUCCAAUACUGAUGCUCAUAGUUUGGUGGGCAUUGGGAAGUUGGUUGGCUCUCGCACUUGGUUAGGUGUUAUCCCUCUGAUUGAGGAGAUUCGUGUGGCUCACACAGAUCCUAUUGUUGAUGAUGAUACUCCUACUGGUGAUGAUACAGGCGUUACAGCUCCUGCUUCGACAGAGGCAUUUGUUCACACUGAUGGAGCAUUUUUGGGAGGACCUAGUGACCAAUCACUACUCACCGAGUAUGCUGACCAUGAUUUAGGAGUCAUUGAGGAGGCUGAUCUAGAGGAGUUUGAUGCUAACAGGGGAUAUCACAUUCGCAUGUCUUGGCUUCGGAAUAGGUAUGAUGAGUUUGUGGAGGCAAUGAUGUAUGAUACAACCAUUACGGUGUACAUGCUACAUCUAGUAGCAUGUACUCUCUUUGCAGAUACGUCUCAUGUUUAUAUUGAUGCUCAGUACAUGUGGUUCUUCAUUAACCUUAAGAUUAAUAGUUGGGCUUAG